CGCGUAGCCCGUAGCACUUCUCCAAACUUACAACUUACAAAACUAUAGUUAUAAGUGACUGAGGUGAUAAGUGGAAGUGAUAAGUGCUUUAUACGGAUCGGAACGAAGCGGCGAGGGCGAUGUCGCUGGUGCCGCCUGGCGGCGCGGACUCGCCGAGCCCGCGCCGCGCCGUCAGCCCCCUUUUGGAGUCAAGGCGGCCACACUGCACGCUCGCCUGCGAUUAUUGCGCCGCCGUGCUGGAGGACAAGUUCAAACGUAGUGCAGAGAUGCGUAAUCGAGGCACGUCACCGCUGUCCGUGUCUCCUCGGCAGUCGCUGACGGGGGAACCUCCCUGGACGGUCCCGGAAGACGACCGGCCGGACUUCUUAGCGCUCAAAGAAAAUAUACACAGGAUCAACAAAGAGUGCGAGACAUCAACGCGACUGGACAUGCUGCUGACGCAGGUGGAGCAGUACGCCAACAACCUGGAGGCGCUGGUGGAGGAACGCACGUCCGACUACCUCGAGGAGAAGAGGAAGUGUGAGGAGCUGCUAUAUCAACUAUUACCGAAGUCGGUGGCCUCGCAACUCAUCAUGGGUCAGCCGGUCAUGGCCGAGACCUAUGACCAGGUGACGAUAUACUUCAGCGACAUCAUCGGCUUCACGAAACUGUCCGCAGAAUCCACGCCCCUGGAGGUCGUCGACCUUCUCAACGACUUGUACACGAUGUUCGACUCCAUCAUAGAAAACUUUGACGUUUAUAAGGUGGAGACCAUAGGCGACGCAUACAUGGUAGUAUCAGGGCUGCCCAUGCGCAACGGCAACAGGCAUGCGGCGGAAAUCGCACGGAUGUCACUGGCGCUUCUGAACGGAGUGGCGUGCAAGACUGUACCCCACAGGCCCGGGGAGAGGCUACUGUUGAGGAUCGGGAUGCAUACAGGGCCAUGUGUGGCUGGCGUGGUGGGGCUGAAGAUGCCGCGCUACUGCCUGUUCGGGGACACCGUGAACACCGCCUCGAGGAUGGAGUCCCACGGCGAGGCCCUCAAGAUACACGUCAGCCCCAAGACCAAGGAGGUGCUGGACUUGUACGACUGCUUCGACUUGGAGUGCAGGGGAGAAAUCACGAUGAAGGGUAAAGGUAAAAUGACGACUUAUUGGUUACUCGGCGAAAAAAAAUCUGAAAAUCCUCAAAUUCAUAGCUACGAUGAUUUAAAUGGAACUGAAAACACUGCAAAUAAUCCAAGUAUAACGUUUCAAGGACCAGAUAGCCCUGCAGCCCACUCCAUCAAAAACCGUCAAACGAGUCCUGAAUUUAAAAGUAAGAAAGAAAAGACGCAAAAUUCAAAACCAACACCUCUCGAAUUAUUAAAUGAACGAGACCGUAUAAAGCAUGAAAUUGCAACAUUUGUAGCAAAAGAUCUGAUUAACAAUAUUGAUAUAGCAGUAAAAGAGUUCAGGAAGUCUCAAAGCGCGAAUUUUGCAGCAAUGAUGGCUGUCCAAAGUAAAACAGUUUGUAAUGGAAACGACAGAGGCCUAAUUACACCAACGUACGAUAAGGAACUCGUCAUUAGCAAAGGUAAGGUGCGAGAUGUCGUCAACCGUUUCAACAACAGUGUCGGUAACGAUACUAAGAUCGGUAAACCGAAAUCGAUCAAAGCUGAAGACUGAAUUGCAUGAAAUAAAGCAACGCCUAAUUCCCUUGCCCGGUCCAAAAUCUUUUUUUGUUUAUGAAGAAUCUUUAAAAAUAUUAAUAAGAGUUUAGCCAAUGUUUCUAUGUAAGCGUUACCAGAGUAUUUUGUGCUAAGCACAUUCCAUAGUCUAGUCAUUAUUGAAUAAGUAUGUCUCCGAUGAGAUUAUUAAAAUAAAUUAGUUACAUGGUUGCUAUUUUAUAAUUUUUAAUAGUAGAAAUCUCUUUAUUUACAAUAAACAUGCAUUAAAAGACCACAUUACAGUUUAAAUGGCUUGCGGCCAGAGUAAUUCCGAAUUUUAGAAAUUGAAUAAUAUAAUUAAAUGUUAGUAGUUUUAGAAAACACACGGUAUUUAACUAUUACUUGUAAUGAAAUUUAGGUUAAAAAAUCAAUCGCAAAAGCGAUUUAUCAGAAAGAUGUAGUGAGAAAAAUAUGUGUGAAUAAGAAAACCUUAGAUCUGUAUUAUACACUUAGACCCUAUAGUGUUUUUACUGACCUUUUAUACCUCUGUAUCUUCUUUAUCCCUGACUACUCUCUAGGAAGUGGUUGGAGAAAUGAAAUAUUUUAUACUUAACGGAAAUAACCGUUAUAGAGCUUUCUAAACUAAUUGAGGCAGAGACCAAUUUUGUCAAUAAAUGCCCCAAUUUAUUGAAAUAUUGAUAGAAUUAUGGUAGAAAUUUAAACAAAUUAUUUAUUUGCAAUUUUUAAUAGAAAUAUUAUACUCGUAAUAUAAGAGCGCAUCGGUUUAACCCUUCAAAGCUUUUAGGUAAGAAUUAAAUAAGAAUGACAAUGCGAUUAGGACAGUAUUUAUUUAUCUCAUUUCUCCAACUUAUAGCGUAUAAUGAAAAUAAUGAAUGAACUAUUUAAUUAAAUUUAAGUGUUGAUAAGUGUUGAUAUUGUAAAUUCAGGCCUCUAAUAUCUUUCAUAAUAAUUUGAAAAAUAAGUAAGUAUAACAAGGCCCUUCGAAUGAUUGUUUACGCUUAUAACCACAGGUUUUAAAACUUUGUUAUGAUUUAAUUUAUUAUCUUGUCGUAUUUUAACUAGAUUUGAGUCCGUAGCCAAGAGUACAAUUGUUUACGCUCUGAAGCGUAUUGUAAUUAUCUCUCUUCACCGCUCUUCUUUAUCGGUUCGGUGCGACCUCAGAGCAAAUAAUACAGUCGAGUUCAUAAAUAUGUGAAAAUUUUUGACCUUAUUGCAACGAAUAAAGAUGAAGAAAUGUACACAUAUUUUUGAACUCGACUAUGCAUACUAGAGAGCGGACGAGCCUCCGGCGGACGUGUCGCAGUUUUUAGCUCAUUGAUAAACCAGUUGUCGUUGUGUGCGUGCGUGAAACACGAACGCUGGUAGUUUGCGCGUACAGCGACUUGGAAAUGACCCGCAAGUAUUAGGCAAUAGCCCAAUAGGAGCGUCUGGAGCGUUCAUCUACAAGUGUGUGGGUUCAAGAACUUCACACGUAUUCAAUACAAAUCCCCCGACAUGUCCGAUCUCCUGCUUUCCUGAGCAUUUCUUUUUUUUUGCCACUUUUAUGAAGUGUGAUAUUUUUGAAAAAAAAAAAAUGCUAUUUCUACUUAGAAUUACUAGCUUUUUCAAUACUAGUUG